CGGCACUGUUCCCCAGCGAAGUCGACCAGCGGGAGGAUCCAAACUAAAUCCGGAGCCGAACCAGGUCUCCUCUUGUGUCAUGCCAAAUGAGUGCACAGCCGCGGCGUAUCCGCUUGAAGCCCUGGCUUCUGGCUCAGGUGAACAGCGGCCGGUAUCCUGGUUUGCACUGGCUCACGCCGGACCACCGUCUCUUCCAGAUCCCCUGGAAGCACGCCACCCGGCACAUGCCGACCUCAGAUGAGGAAAACACAAUAUUCAAGGCUUGGGCUCUGGAGACGGGUAGAUAUCAGGAAGGCGUGGAUGAACCUGACCCCGCCAAGUGGAAGGCCAACCUCCGCGUUGCCCUCAACAAGAGUCGAGAGUUCCAGCUCAAAUAUGACGGCACCAAAGAAACACCGCUGCAGCCGUACAAGAUCUACGAGGUGUGCGAGCAGCAAGCGAGCACAGAUGCUGCUGAAGAGGACAAAGACGAGAUGCCCAACUUCAUGGAUCUCAGCAUAACUCCCAGGAUCAACGAGGCAUCUAACUUUGCCUCCUACCCGGUCCACGCUGAGGCGAACCACUUCAGUUUACCCAGCAACGGAACGUUUGCUCCUCACCACGUCCUCACAGGUCCCCCCCAGCCGAUGACUCCAGACCUCUCUCAGCCGGAAUUCCAGGUUCCGGCACCAAUGCUGGAUCAGAAGAGCUUCAUUAAUCCUGGCCCGCUCCCGGACUUGGACCCAUUACCCUCUACAUCAGGCCUGCUGGAGACCGGUAACAUGAGUGGAGUCCAGAACCAGGAUGAUGGUCAGAACCAGACCUGCAAGUUCGACCUGCUGAGCAGCAUUCCACUCACGGACUUGGACCUGAAGUUCCUGUACCGCGGCCGGUCUAUGGGCUCGCUGACUGUCAGCAACCCUCACGGCUGCCGGCUGUACUACGGUCACCUGGAGCCCUCCCCCAACCAGGUGGAGCUCUUUGGGCCUGUCACCUUGCAGCAGGUUCGCUUCCCGGGCUCGUCGGACAUCCAGAAUCAGAAGCAGAGAAACUACACGGAGGCUCUGCUGGACGUGAUGGACCGUGGGCUGAUCCUGGAGUUCUGGCAGCAAGACAUCUACGCCGUCCGCCUGUGCCAGUGCAAAGUGUUCUGGUCGGGGAUGGGAAUGCCUGAACAAGGCCCGCCGAAUCCCAUGGAGCGGGAGAAGAAGAUCAAGGUCUUCAGUCUGAACGAUUUCCUGCAAGGGUUAAUCAUGUUCCACAAGGGUGAGGCACCCAGCCCCCCACCCUUCGAGACCUACUUCUGUUUCGGAGAGGACUGGCCCGACAAGAAGCCCAAAGAGAGGAAACUGAUCAUAGUCCAGGUCAGUGCUGUUCCAGUGGUGCCUGUGGUGGCACGGAUCCUGACCGAGAUGUUCUCUGGUGAUCUCAGCUGGUCCAACGACAGCAUCCGGCUGCAGAUCUCAAAUCCUGAUGUCAAGGACCAGACGGUGAUGCAGUUCAAGGAAAUUCAGAGGCUCCUGCAAAGUCAGCACAUCAAUGGCCCCUGGAAUCCCAGCGCAUCAUGACCCUUCAACAACCUCUGAUAGAUUAUGAACGCCCAAAAACGCUCAGUGUUGGGGAAGCUACAUCAGCUUGUAAAACUGCAUGUAGUUUUGCCUGGCGGUAGUUGAACAAACCACAUUUGGUUAAAAAAAAAAAAAGUAGCUCUGGCGACUUCUUACACUCAUUUAACUCAGAGUAAAAUAAAUCAAAGUAUGGAGUAUAUUAGAUGUACACAUCUACAAAAAGAAAAUUCACAUGUACACCUGGGUCUGUGCAUCUAGAUGGGCUUCGCGCUUGUGGGUACUUGGCGGGCCGAGCAUUGUCCAUGAUGCGCUUGUUCCACAGGACAGUCUCGGGUCAGCUGGUGACUGGCACGACAUCAUAACAACAUUAUAAUGGAGAGUGUACCUGUUGCUUGUGGCGACAGGAACGUGAUUUUAAGGAACACACUUCACGAUGUUGUCCUCGUGUUGUGACAAUGGGUGUUCUAUUUCUUGAGAAAAAUAGAUUUUGUGUUCCCGGACUAAAUUGUAGUUUGUAGAUGGUUUGUUACUGGAUGCAGUGCAAAAUGUAAAUGUGGUUUUAAUUAUCAGCAGGUUACAGCAAAUCCAAAUUAAGUUGUGUAGUUCAUAUACAUGUACUUUAUGUUUCCCCCCACACUGCUACUCCCCUCUUUUUCCAGCUGCAAAAAUGACUUCAAACUAUAUUUCAAUAAACCAUUUCAGUAUUGUUCCAAUUU